CGGUACUUCUCUCUGUACGCUCGAAUAAGUCCCGUUUUUCAAGGAUGGAAAGUUUUAUUUCAUAACGAAUUUUACCCUACUUUAUAAACGACGCCUCGUAGGAGAAGAGUCCGAUUAACUCAAUAUCGGUAAUAACGUUAUAUGCAUGGAGAAGCUCGGCUGUUUUAGCAACGGUCCACCAUUCUUUCACGCCGUUCAUCGUCCGACUAGUUUCUUACCCGUAGACAGAGCGUUGAUUCGUACAAAGUUUCUCUUGUAUACCGGCCAAAAUCCUAAACGCGCUCAAGUUUUAAAAGCGGAACGUCCCGAAACCAUCGAAAGGUCGAAUUUCGACGGAAAUCGGCCGACUAAAUUCAUCGUGCACGGAUUUAUGUACAGCGCUUUCACCACUUCCUGGAUGCGAAGAGUGAAAGACGCCUUGUUAUCCGUCGGCGACUUCAACGUUAUCUUAGUGGAUUGGAUAUUUGGAUCCUUAAUUUCUUAUCGUUUAUCGGCCGCUAACGCUAGAGUGGUUGGAGCCGAAAUUGCAUUUUUGAUUCGAAUCUUACAGAAUAUAACGAGGAUUCGACCUCAGUCGAUUCAUAUUAUAGGACACAGCCAAGGAGCUCAUAUCGCCGGUUACGCGGGUAAAAGAAUUAAAUAUCUGGGAAGAAUAACGGGUCUAGAUGCGGCUGGACCGUACUUUCGCCACGCUCCUUCUCCCGUUCGGCUCGAUGCGAAAGAUGCUCUUUUGGUCGAUAAUAUUCAUACUAAUGCCGGAAGUAACGUUUUUCAAGGAAUCGGUACAAACGAAGUUUUGGGUCACUUGGACUUUUUCCCAAAUGGUGGAAAUUAUAAUCCUAGUUGUAAAGUAUUUCCGGAGAAGAUAUAUAUUCGUACUUUUUUUGAAUUGUUCUUGUCGACGUUUUUCUGUAAUCACUUCGCGAGUUUCGAGUUUUACAUAGAAUCCAUUAUUAAAUAUCCGGAUUGUUUCGUAGGAGUUCCUUGUUCCAGUUACCCCGACUUUUCUGCUGGAAAAUGUAUCUGUACCGAAGAGAAUCCUUGUUCCGUUAUGGGUUUUCACGUUGAUAAAUACGAACACCUUUCCCAUAAGGCUUUCCAAAUAUUUUAUCUGAAGACCGGGAGCGAGAAACCGUAUUGUCUACAUCAAUAUCAAAUAUUAAUCGAGUUGGGAGGAGAUGCCGGUGGAAGGUCCCGCGGUGGAAAGUUACUCCUCGUCCUUCGAGAUACUACGGACAAUUUCGAAACUAUUACCUUAAUAAAUAAAGACGGCAUUUUUCGCACCGAUGUGAUGUACUCGUUUCUUGUAACCAACAACAGACGGUUAAAUGUUAAAGAUGUUUGGUUAAAAUGGCAGAAUGCUUUCCAAAUACUACGCCAGAAACGUUUCUUAAAUGUAAAAUAUUUUAGAAUCACUCCAAUUACAGUAUAUACUCACAGAAUGAAAACCGAAAUGUGGUGCGGAACGUGUCCUUCGUCUCUGACUCUUAACAAAUGGGUUCCUAUGUGGAAAUUAAAAUGCCAAAAUGGAUAAAGGAUUUCGCGUGUCUAUAUACGUGACAAACCUUAAGUUAUUGAUUAAAUAAAUAAUAAUUUUGUUUUAAUAUAAAUAAUGCAAAUUUCCCAUUUAUUGCAAGCAUCGGAGUAAAAAAGUAUGAUGUUCAAAUCCUCCACGCAAUCUUCUAAGUACUUUUUAUUUUGUAUAAUUGUUCUCAAUACAUCUCGGAGUCAGCAACGGGCCCUUAAAUUUAUUAAAUGUUAAAAAUUGAUUCGCAUAUUUUCUGUAUACUUAAAGCCGAAUUGUGAUAAUAAAAGUAAAUUUUUAUUCUAUGUUAUUAUCGCCGCGCGUUAGUUCAUUUUUAAUUCAGUUUAAAAUAAAAAUUGGUAGUACAGUAUUUUAAUCGACAGAACUUUAUAGAAACGUUAAUCUUCGAAGGAUUUCCUCGAUUAUUCCUACACCAGUUUGUUGAUAAAAUAUUAAACAGGAAACUAUUAAUUAGAAGCAAAAUUAUAUUUUUCCAACAGAAAUUUAGCAGGAAAUAAGAACAGGAAAUCGUAACAGAAAAACCCGUGUCUUUACAUUCAUUAGUUUAUUCGGCUUUCGUCAGUUAGCCUACAAACAUCUACGAAAAUGAAGAUAAUUUUAGCUUUGGCUUUAUUUUGUAUAUCCUUCGAUGCUAUUUUUUCUUUGUCCAGUAUGACGGAACUUUGCGCUAAACCGACAAAGUGGAUCGAAAUAUACUGGAAAUGUUCUCUCAGAAAACUUCCUAAUUAUUA